AACCAAUGCCAAAUUGAAUUAGAAGGAAGUGCUUAAAUAGCCGGGUUAGUAGGUAGACUGUCCAGUGUACUCGUCUAUUUGCUGAUAGACAGCUAUGAUACAUGGAGCUGUAGGGCUUUUUCGAAGGACAUGUAUAACUUACCACUUUCGAUUUGUCAGAAUCUAGUUCAGGAAUUUUCACUUUGCAGGCCACUGCUGAUAAAUUACAAGCUGGUCUACAUUGUUUCGCCAUAUUCUCUGGAUUAGGUCGGUACAUUAUUAUAUUUGUGGACAUCAACAAAGAAAGGACAAACGCUUCUGAGCAAGUUAUUUUAUUCGUACAGUUUAGGAUUUUAAUAUCAUUUUCUUAAAGCUCAGUUCUUCAGGCUGUCCAUAUACAAAUUAGCAUCAUGAGUGUACCUAUACGCGAGACGAUCGCUCCUGCGCCGACUAUGAUAAGAUCAAGGAGCACUUUACCAAAAAGAAUUACUGAAACAGUGCAGUUCAUCCGGCCCGCAGGUUCCGGUUAUCGGCCGGGCUACCAUGAGACUGUUGUCAAUCCCCAACCUGCUGGCCUGCCAUAUCCCGAAACUUACCCUCAGCCUUUCCGAAGUCCGCGCGAGCGACCUGCAGAUUAUCUUCCGCUGGAUCGAAUCCAUGAAGACGGACAUCCGGAUAUAGCACGCUUCACAACAGAUGAGUUCAAGGAAUUUCACGAGUACCUGACGAAAUCUACCGAAAAUGGCCGAAGUUUCCAAGGGUCUGGGCAGAUCGACCUUGAAGACAUUGCGAAUAUCCAAACAAAGACCCUGGAAGGACUGAAAACACCAUCUUCUGAGGCAAACCAGGGAGCACUACUUGACACUCUGCUGUCCCUUUGUGAGCUGAGCAAUCUACGAGAUAAAAAGUGCGUUGACUUCUUUACCGAGGCAGGGUUCAACGACAUCUUUAGAGAUAUCUGGUUGGAACUACAUGGCAAUGAUCAGAUCAAUCAUCCAGGCCUCUACAUCGGUUUGAACCUCCUCAUUGACGCCUCCCAACGCUUUACGGAGAAUAGCCCCGAGCUCUCCCGCCAAAUGGGCAAGAACAAGGUCGUGCUAAUGAUCCUUGACAAGUUGCGCGAUCCCUUCUUCGACGUCGAGGCCUUGAAUCGCGACGACGAGGAGCUCAAAUGGAUGUCGAGGAGGGAGUUGUUGAAGAAGAUGUUCACCUUGCUUUACAAUUGUAUCAGAAACCAUCCUGACAACCGACGGUUUUUUCGUAUGAUCGAGGCAUCGGAACUUCUUAAGCCUUUCUUGGAUUGCCGAUUCUAUAUCUUGCGUGCAAAGGCGCUCUUCAUUCUGGCCUACAUUGUGACUGAAGAGGAAAACAUUGAUCUUAAUACGACGAGCCUCAACAUCGAGUUCAUUGUCAAGGUCCUUCGUAGGGCCCUGGAAGACCCUUCCCACUACUCCGCUCACUAUAACUUCUUCGCCGUUGAGGUUGUGGAAGCUGUACAGAGAGUAGCGGCUAACGACCAUAACAAGGAUAAAUUCAUCGAGGCUGGUGUCCUUCCUCACCUUGUUACCAUGAUGGACGAGACAAAUUCUAAGGAAGAACGCAACUCUGCCCUCAAUGCCUUGUGGGUGCUUUCAUUUACAGCAAAUAACAAGGACGUCAUUUUGAAUGAGAAAGGUUGCAUCGACAACGUGCGAGCUUGCAUUGGCGUUGAUGAUUAUACCCGAACCUGCCAAGCAAUCCUAUGGAAUCUCCAAGAUCAAGUCAUUACAAGACCAGAAGCGAAGAAGGAAGAGGAUAAAGAUGACAAACCGGAAGAGAAAGGUGGAGAUGGCAACAGGUCAAACAACGGAUUAACGUCACCUGAGACCGGUAACCCGGAAGUAGACCGCAAGAUAACCCCGAAACUUCCUCACGUGAUGAUCAGCUACCAAUGGGAUGUCCAGAAACAGAUACUAAAGGUCAAGGACGUUUUGAAAGCGCUUGGAUACAAUGUUUGGUUGGAUGUGGAGAGAAUGGGAGGCUCAACCUUAGAGGCGAUGGCGAAUGCCGUGGAGGAAGCAUGUGUAGUUAUCAUCUGCUUCUCAGAAAAGUACAAAGACAGUCCCGCGUGUCGAACAGAGGCAGAAUACGCGUAUAAGCUACGCAAGGAUAUUGUCCCUCUGAAAAUGCAGACCGGCUACAAUCCCAAUGGUUGGUUGGGUGCCAUGUUGGGGAACAAAUUCUACAUGCAGAUGAACACGCUGGACUUGGUCCAGGAAAACAUGGCACUUUUGGUCCGCGAGUUGGCCGACAGGGGGCGCUAUCCGUCUGAUGAGGACCAACACGUGGACGAUGACUACAUUCCAGGAGCCAGUGAUCCCAUGCAGCCACCUUCUCCGCCUUUCGUGCCGCCACGACCGGGCGCUGGUCCACCGAUGUCCCGUGGUGUUUCACUUGACUAUUACUCACCGCGUACAGUGAGCCCAGUGCACAUUGGUCGACCGGAUGACACGAUGCGGAUUUAUGAACAUCGGCCCAUGGUCCAAUCACCUCCGCCUCAACGAAUCGUGACAGAAGUCCCAGUCAUUGUUGAGAAGAUUGUAGCAGUACCAGCACCGGCCCCGACUGUUCCAAAAACUGAGGGAACAACCUGUGUACAGAUCGUGCAACAAUGGGAUUCAGGUGAAGUUAUUAAUUGGUUACGUCGGAACAACUACUCUCACCUUCAGAACUGGUUCUUAAGCUACAACGGAGAAGACUUAAUGGGACUAAAGAGGAUCGCUGCGCAGGCUCCAGAAUUCUUCUUUGGCAAACUAGAGCGGGAGUUCGGCUUCAAGUCACUGUUGGAAAUGAUCCGUUUCAAGAACAUGCUUGAUGCGAUAAUUUAGUAACCUAUGCAUGAAAUACUAGAUUAGUAAGAAGAAGAGUAUUUAACGGUAGGCUAUCAGGGCAUCCGCAGGCAGACUAAUUCAAAUCGGGUUUCAUUUUGUUUCAGUUCGUUGUUCAUACGGUAUGGUAUUUUUUAUCGUUAUGAACCCGAGGUACGUUAUCUUUAUGAUGAUAACGCGAUAAAUAUAGUAGUUUCUUUUCUAAGUAAGCAUAUACAUGUGUAGGUCUUUUUAUCUUAAGUGUAGACAUUAAAAUCAGUGAUUACUGUUGCAUUGCUCAUGAAAUUGACAUGAUUAAGGGUCAGAGAUUGUAAUAGAAAAACAAAAUUGGAUGUUUUAUAGCUCUCAUAUCAAUCAAGAAAUUAGGUGCUCAAUAUAGCCCAAUAUUUUCUAGAUAGCAUAAAAACAGUAUUUUUCUUUAUUAUCAGUCUUGUAUAUUAUCAGUUAUAAACAUAACAGGAAAUAGAAACAGAAAAAGAAGAAAAAAAAAAAAAGAAGAAGAAGAAGAAUUUAGAGGAACAAAAUAUUCAGAAGUAGAAGACACGUUAUGCAUAUGUUUUAUCAAAUAGUCUUAUUCAAUGACCUAAUUAUAGGUUUGAAGGUUUUUCUUCGGCAUGUAUUAUACAAUUAUAGCUCUUUGAGGUGUCUUAGUAUAUAAUUUGUUUUAGCAUAACGUCAUAACAUAUGAAUCCUAUAUUGUUAAGUUAUUGAUGUUCACCUAUAUCUGAGAUUUACGUAAAACAUGCUUUUUAAGAGAAAUGUAUUUAUGUCAUAAUUGUCAUGUUAUUUUAUGUGAUAUAUGCACUAUUAUUUGAAAAUAUGAAAGGAAUGAAUCUUCAUCCGAUCAGAUCUGAAUGUCUAUUUCCAUUUAGCAAGUUUAAAAUAAACGUUUUAGGGGUCGACGGGCCACCAACUAGUUUUGUAAAGCUUUUAUAAAAGUACUAAAGCCUUUUUUUCCCUCAUAUUAUAAUGAUAUGUAUAUCAUAGUUCUGUGUAUAUCCACGAAAAUACCCCGAUCAUUUACAGAUUCAAAUAUUUGUAAAAGUAGAGAGUUUGUCAAAAGGUCAACAUAUUCAUUUGCAUUUAUACAGCGAGUAUUACAGAUUUUCUUUAAUAAAUAUGUAUUUUUUAAUUUCUAAAACAAUGA